CCAGUAGAGAGAGGAAACAAUAAAACUCUCUCUCUCUCUAUAAAACUAGUUUCAUAUCUCUGUCUUUCCCUUAUCUCUCCUUCUCUUCUAUCUUUCAGAGUAUAUAGAUACAUACAUAUCUAUAUAUCAAUAAAGUUUGAAUCUUUUCGAUUCGAAAAUUUUUUAGACGGCGGAGAUUGCUUUUGAUUGAGGUAUGCAGGCUGAUCAGACGGUGAUAAGUUUAAGACCUGGAGGUGGAAACCGAGGAGGGAGCAGAGUGCUUGGACCUCGCUUUGAAACCUCUUCAAUCAAUAACAGCAACGCCAAUUCUUCUGAUCUCCCCUUUUUCCGGCCUCAUGGCGGCGCCGGCGCCGGUGGUGCUCCUCUCUCUUCCUUCAAGACUGGAGAGACUCGAUUUGAGGGGCGGGAACGUAUUCGAUAUACCAGGGACCAGCUGCUGCAGUUGAGAGAGGUGGUCAGCAUUGCAGAAAACAUUCUGAAAGUCAAAAAAGAUGUUGAAGCUGAAUUUUUUGGUGAAGAUCCAAGCUGGGGUCGUGUGGAAAGCCCUUCACAAAAUCAGCCCCCGAGUCGUUACUCAGAGCCGGAUAAUCGCGACUGGCGCAGUCGGUCUACUCAAUUUUCUGCACCUCCAGAAGAGAGAUCCUGGGAUACAAUUCGAGAGAAUAGGGAGUUUGGUGCCAGACAGCAGGAAGUGAAUCAAUACAAUCGGCAAGAGCAGUUAAAUGCACAGUUUGCAAGAGCUCAAAUCUCUUCCAACCAAGGGGGAGGACCAUCUCCUGCCCUUAUCAAGGCAGAAGUGCCAUGGUCAGCUCGAAGAGGGAAUCUUUCUGACCAGGAUCGAGUCUUGAAGACUGUGAAGGGGAUACUGAACAAGCUGACCCCGGAGAAGUUUGAUCUUCUGAAAGGUCAACUAAUUGAUUCGGGAAUAACAUCAGCCGACAUUUUAAAGGGAGUAAUCUCCUUGAUAUUUGACAAGGCUGUCCUGGAGCCCACAUUUUGCCCCAUGUAUGCGCAGCUGUGUUCAGAUCUGAAUGAGAAGUUGCCACCAUUCCCUUCUGAUGAACCUGGUGGGAAAGAAAUAACAUUUAAGCGGGUUCUUUUGAAUAUUUGCCAGGAGGCCUUUGAGGGUGCUGACAAUUUAAGGGAAGAGGUUAGGCAAAUGACUGCUCCUGAGCAAGAGUUGGAGCGCAGAGAUAAAGAUAGGAUGCUCAAGCUCCGCACUCUUGGGAACAUCCGUCUAAUUGGUGAGCUUCUGAAGCAGAAGAUGGUUCCAGAAAAGAUAGUUCACCACAUUGUUCAGGAACUCUUGGGAAAAGAUACAAAGAGUUGUCCGGCCGAAGAAAAUGUUGAAGCUAUAUGCCAGUUCUUUAUCACCAUUGGCAAACAGCUUGGUGAAAACCAAAAAUCUCGGCACAUAAAUGAUAUGUACUUUAACCGAUUGAGGGAACUAGGAACAAAUCCUCAACUUGCCCCACGCCUGAGGUUUAUGAUUCGUGAUGUUCUUGAUUUGCGUACAAAUAAUUGGGUUCCCAGACGUGAAGAGGUGAAAGCAAAAAAAAUUACUGAGAUUCACUCAGAAGCAGAGAAGAAUUUGGGAUUGCGGCCAGGUGUUACUGCAACUAUUAGAAGUGGUCGUGGCCCACCUUCUACUGGCCAGGGGAAUAUUAGCACAGGAGGUUUCCCAAUAAAUCGGCCUGGUACUGGUGGUAUGAUGCCUGGAAUGCCAGGAACCAGAAAGAUGCCUGGGAUGCCUGGAAUGGAUAAUGACAACUGGGAGGUUCCUAGGUCGCGCUCAAUGCCAAGGGGCGAUGGAUCAAUGAUUCAGCCUGCUGGACGUGUUCAGCCGCCACUGGUGGGCAAGUCACCAUCACUGAACCAAAGGUUUCUUCCACAGGGUAGUGGUGGGCUGAUUAGUGGUAGGACUAGUGCCCUCUUGCAAGGUAGUGGUGCGCCUCCUGUCCGCCCGACUUAUGGCUUUGGAAUGGAACCUACACCAGAGGUUUCUGCUUCAGUGAGAGCGCCACCAACACCAUCUGUGGCUGCAGUUGCUGAUAAACCACUAGCUCCAACAGUAAGGAUGAAUGCAGAUGAACUCAGAAGGAAAACAAUCUCAUUGCUGGAGGAAUAUUUCAGUGUGCAACUAUUAGAGGAAGCAUUAGCAUGUGUGGAAGAUUUGAAGUCCCCAGCUUACCAUAGUGAGAUUGUCAAGGAAGCCUUAUCCGUAGGAUUGGAGAAAAGUCCACCUUGUGUUGAACUAGUUGCAAAACUUCUGGAGUACUUUUUUACGAAGAAGGUUUUUACUGCCAGUGAUAUAACUCUUGGUUUCCAGCGUUAUGCAGAAAUGUUGGAUGAUCUUGCUAUUGAUUUACCAAGAGCACCUGCGAAUUUUGGUGAGAUUGUGGGAAGAUCAAUUUUGGCUGGAGAAUUGGACUUCAAGGUGGUUUCCGAGAUCCUGAAGAAAGUUACCGACGACUAUUUCCAGAAAGCCAUAUUCACUUCCACAUUGAAGGUCGUUAGCUCUAGUCCUAAUGGGAAAUUGAUUCUGGAUUCGCAGGCACUUGAUAUUCGGGCCUGUGAAGCCCUGUUCCAGUAAGCUUACUCCUCGUUAGCAGGAGUUAUUGUUCUUGUACCCUCACAGCUAAAUAUGCUCAUUCUCACUUGUCGUCGUCCCUUGUGCUUGUUGCGUGGGAGCUGAGCAACUGUAUUUCAACUUGAAGACAAGGUGGAGCUGCGGGAGAACAGGUUAUUUUAAGUGAGCUGUAUAUUUUCCCGAGGACAUGGUAGUGUGUUCAUUAAAGGAGAAAGAAUCAGACAUAAGGAUUUUGGUCUCAAGUGUGGCCAAUCAUAUGCCCUAGCAGCUUGAGAUUAAGGGCCUUUUACGGGACCCAGCUGUUUUGUAUUUCAUUAGUUUUUUUAUUUAUUUUGAUUUUGUUGACUAGUUAAUUUAAAUUUUUGCGAAACUUGUGAGCUUAUAAUGUGACUGUUGAAAAUCGCUGCACCAUUUUAAAGGAGGAUGCUGUAGCAUAUCUUGCUUUUUUUAUUGUCUUUCUUGCCAUA